AUGUCUUCUUGUGGAGAGAACUAUGGAGGAGUCGGAGACUGUUGGGCUGUCUCUUUGGGGGCCCCUCACCACCCACAAGCCGUUGCGGCUCUGCAGCACAUACGGCGCCUGGCCCUGCAGGAGCAGCAGCAGCAGCAGCAGCAGCAGCAACAGCAGCAACAGCAGCAGCAGCUGCAGCAGGAGGAUGCUGUGUUGCCGCUGCACUGCUGCGUGCGUCGUAUAAGCAAAAAGAUUGUACAGGAUGUUACGUGGAGCCCCACUAGAGAGCAGCAGCAGCAGCAGCAGCAGCAGCAGCAGCAGCAGCAGUUGCAGCAGGAGGAUGCUGUGUUACCGCUGCACUGCUGCGUGCGUCGUAUAAGCAAAAAGAUUGUACAGGAUGUUACGUGGAGCCCCACUAGGGACGAGUUUGUCCUCAUAGAGGGAAAGUCUCCGAGCGGUGAGGCCGAGGGGGAGCAGCAGCAGCAGCAGCAGCUGGGGUACAUUGUGCUGCUGGACCGCCACGGACGCACGCAGUUUGUGUUUCCUCGUCGCUAUCGCAACUUCGUUUCUUUUUGUCCUUUUGGGCAGAUGGCGGUGGUUGCUGGCUUCGGCAACUUAGCGGACAUUGUGCUGCUGGACCGCCACGGGCGCACGCAGUUUGUGUUUCCUCGUCGCUAUCGCAACUUCGUUUCUUUUUGUCCUUUUGGGCAGAUGGCGGUGGUUGCUGGCUUCGGCAACUUAGCGGGGGAGGUGAGUUUCUACUUCCGAGACAAAGCAUCACAGGGCAUGCAGCACAUAAGCGAGUUUAAAGCCCCCUGCACUGUCUUGGCUUUGUGGGCCCCCUGCGGCUCUUACUUCGCCACGGCAUCAACCUACCCCCGUAUGAAGGUCGAUAACUGUCUCAGCGUCCUAGAUUACAGAGGGGAGAAUGUGCAGCGUCUUCAGUUCGAUGAGCUGUAUCAUAUAGCGUGGAAACCAGAAUCUGAUUUGGAGCCCCCGAUCGCCCCACAGCCAAACGAGCGGCUGCUGGCAGCAGCAGAGAACCAGGCGUUCCGCCCCAGGGGAACAACACAGCGCGGCAUCACCUCUCGCAUCAUGAACGGUCAGCAGCCUGUGGAGCCCCCCAUCGCCCCACAGCCAAACGAGCGGCUGCUGGCAGCAGCAGAGAACCAGGCGUUCCGCCCCAGGGGAACGACACAGCGCGGCAUCACCUCUCGCAUCAUGAACGGCGAGGCCCUAGACGAGUCUGAGCUGCCAGAGGAGCUGCGGAGACAGCGCGAGCAGCUGAGGCGCCGCAAGACUGCUGCUGCUGCUGCAGCAAAGCGGAAAGAGACAGAGGUUGUUGAACUUGAAUGGAGGCGACGUGUAGAAGAUUUGGCUGCGUUGCUGGAGCAGCAGUCACUGCAGCUGAUGCAGCCGCAAGGAACGCAGGAGAUACAAGGAGUUGCAGCGCAGCAGCAGCAGCAGGAGCUCCAACAGCAGCAGCAGCAACAACAACAGCAGCAGCAGCAGCAGCAACAACAGCAGCAGCAGCACGCUCGGCGUAAGGCUGCGGAAGCAGCAUCCGUCGGUGCAGACUGCGCUAUAGCAAGCGGUGUAGAAGAUUUGGCUGCGUUGCUGGAGCAGCAGUCACUGCAGCUGAUGCAGCCGCAACAGCAGCAGCAGCAGCAGCAGCAGCAGCAGCAGCGCCAGCAGCAGUGGCAGCAGCAGUGGCAACAGCAACAGUUGCAACAGCACCAGCUGCAGCAGCAGCAGCUGCAACAGCAACAACUGCAACAGCAUCAGCUUCAGCAGCAGCAACUCCAACAACAACAGCUUCAGCAGCAACUGCAGCAGCAGCAGCAACAGCUGCAACAGCAGCAGCUACUGCAGCAGGGUGCUCGUGCUGCAGCAACGCAGCAGACAGCAUCGACGGCUGGUCUUCAAGUGCUGGGGCAAGCACAUCCACCAGUAGGAGUCAUAGGUUCCCAGGUGCGACAGCCGCAGCAGCAGCAGCAACAGCAGCAGCAGCAGCAGUUGACACCACAGCAGCAGCAGCAACUGCUGCAGCACCUGCAGCAGCAGUUACAACUCCAGCAGGCAGGAAACGCUGGCUUCUCUCGUGCGCCAGGACACAACUCACAGCAGCAGCAGCAGCAACAGCAGCAGCAGCAGCAGCAGCAGCAGCAGCAGCAGCCGCAGUUAUCGGCUGAGGAGCUGUCUGCAGCACAGCAGCAGCAGCAGCAGCAGCAGCAGCAGCAGCAGCAGCAGCAGCCGCAGUUAUCGGCUGAGGAGCUGUCUGCAGCACUGCGAAUGAUGCUACCAAACUUACCGCUGACGCAGCAGAAUCAGGUGCCGCGGCAGCAGCAGUGGCAGCAGCCAGCGAGGGGAGACAACGCUCUUAGUGCUCUAGCUGCUGCUGCUGUGCGGCAGCAGCAGCAGCAGCAGCUACUUCUUCUGAGGCAGCAGCAGCAGCAACAGCAACAGCAGCAACAAGACUUGCAGCAGCAGCAGCAGCAGCAGCUGGAGGCCCAACUGCGUCCGCUGCUGCAGCAGCUGCAGCGAGGAACUGCAGACCCAGCACUGGGUCGGGGAGCUGCUGCGAUGCAGCAGCAUCAAAAGGCACUGGCGCUGUUGCGUGCAGCUGCAGCACAGCAGCAGAAACAACAGAACCAGCAGCAGCAACAGCAGCAACGUAAUCUGGUCCUGCAGCAGCAGCAAGCAAUACAACAACAACAGGAGAUGCAACGGCAGCAGCAGCUGCGACAAACCCAGCAGCUGCUGCAGCUGCAGCAGCAGACAGAACUGCAGCGGGAUGGCAGCUUGGACGUACACCUGCAGCAGCAGCAGCAGCGCCAGGCGUCAUCAGCAGCAUCAGCUGCUGCUACUUUAAUGAACCUACCACGGGAAGCUCGUUUGCUGCUGCAGCGACUGCAGCAGGGCUUGCAACAGCAGCAGCUGCAGCAGCAGCAACUGCAGCAGCAACAGCAGCAGCUGGAACAUGACGAGGUGCAGCAGCAACACUACAGGGGACCACGUUCAGCAGCAGCAUCGCAGCAACGGCACGGUCUCAGGCAGCAAACUUGGGAUAGCGGGACUGACAAUGAGCAGCAGCAGCAGCUUACUCGACAGCAGCAGCUGCAGCUGAUGCAGCAGUUGCAGCAGCAACACAAGCAACACCCGCAGCAGCAACAGCUGCAGCAACAGCACCUACUGCUUCAGCAACAGAUACAGCAGCAGCAGCAGCAGCAGCUGCAAGGGCAGCAGCUGUUGCAGCAGCAACAGCAACAGCUGCAGCAGUUGCUACAGCAGCAACAGAACCAGCAACAGCAACAACAGCAGCAGCAGCAGCAGCGACAGCACCAGCAGGGGCGUAGGCCAGAUGCAAUGAAUGAGAAAUGCUGGCAGUAUAUUGACCCCAAGGGAAACGUGCAGGUGGGUGCUUCUGCUGCAGCAACAGCAACACGAGCAGCAGCAGCAGCACAGCUACGCAGCAACUCCUUCACUGCAGCGGCGAGGCGGGGAGGGGCAAAUACCUAG